AUGGAAUCUCUAGCACUUCCCUCUCUCAAUGCUCUUACAGUGCCAACUUCAAGUUUUCACAAAGAACAAAGCAAAAAAUUAUUGGGGAAAGCUCGUCACUUCAACUCCCUGAAGCCAUCUUCUCUCAAACUUACACCAUCUAUUAGUACUCACCCUUUUAAUUCAGGUGGUAUUCGAAUGCAAGCUGGUGAGGAAGAUUACGACUUGAGGCAAAUGAGAGACAUGGCUGCUGCAAAGAAGAGAUGGGAUGCUCUGCUCAGGGAAGGAAAAGUAAAGGUACUUGCACCGAGGGAAGCUGGCUAUGCGAUUCAACUCUCUAACAAAACCUUACUUGAUGUUCGUCCCUCUAGUGAGCAUGUGAAGGCUUGGGUUAAAGGCUCAACCUGGAUACCGAUCUUUGAUGUUGAUAAUGGAUUUGAUGCUGGAACACUUUCCAGAAAGAUCACAACUUUUGCAAUGGGUGGUUGGUGGAGUGGUGCGCCUACAUUAUCUUAUAAUAAGCAGUUCUUAUCAAAAGUUGAGGAGAAACUCCCCAAAGAUACAGAUGUUAUUGUUGCAUGCCAGAAAGGAUUGAGAUCUCUAGCUGCUUGUGAGCUACUAUACAAUGCUGGAUACAGAAACCUUUUCUGGGUUCAAGGGGGUCUAGAGACUGCUGAAGAAGAGGAUCUUACCAGAGAAGGUUCUCAGCCUUUGAAGUUUGCUGGAAUUGGAGGGGUUUCUGAGUUCCUUGGUUGGACAGAUCAACAAAGAGUUCAAGCCGCCAGAGAAGGUUGGGGUUACCGAUUACUGUUCUCUGCACGUCUGGUUGGGGUCUUUAUUGUUGCUGAUGCCUUAUUUAUUGGUGCACAACAAGUAGGUCGUUAUAUCCAAGACAUAAGAUCUCACUAAUGUUCAUUGGCUAGGCUUGAAGGUAGUCGAUUGUAACAUAUGAGGGACAACAGUACUUUAGUUCUGGUUCACUGCAC